GCAUGAAAUUCAUUCUCUCUGUGUAGUAAACUUCUCUUAAGAUCUUCUUCAUAAAAGGAAGAAAAGAGUGGAAGAAAGCCGAUCAAUUUGCGUCGCUUUCCGAACUAGCUGUUCCGUCCUUCAAUCGAUAAAAUGCGCGUCUACGACCAAAACGCCGUUCGCAAGCAAAUGCCUGCAGCGGCUCGUGUAGUAUAUCCGGAAAAGAGCACGGUGCACAUGGUGCCAACUAUGUCCCCCCGUAAGGCCCAGCGUCUCGUGGACAGCGUGAAGCGGAAAGUAUCCGUAGAGAACCAAGCUCAGGCUUCCGUCCAAGUACUUCCCGUCAAGGAAAGUGGCGAAUCGCCAAAUGAAGAAAGACAAGAAUCUCGGAACGAUGAUUGUGACAGAUCAGAUUGUAAUAAUAAAACUAGUAGCAGCGGAACUAGCGGUGGCAAGCGCCCACAGGAAAAUUUGGCUUCGCCCCGAUCCCCUCAAGAGUCCAUCAAGGUCGUGUCGUUGCAGGAUCGUCGCAAACGUGCGAUGGCACGUGUGCGAUGCCAUGCUAUCAACACUGGAUCCCAAAAAACGAGUUUGAGUACGGCAUGUAUUACGAAUGAGAGAGAUCAACCAGCCGAACCUGAAGCUUUUGUGGAUAUUCCGAAAGACUUGGGGAUGUACACUGAGCCAGGUUCUAAGAAUAAAAAGUGGCCUGACGACGGAAAAUUUCGUUCCACCAUCCAUCUGGCCACGUCUCCCUCUCGACAAAGAGCGCUUACCGAAAAGCGUGCUCGUCUCGCAAAGGCCGCCAAAAAGCAGCAGGAAAGGCUUGCUGAGGGUGCUGGCCCGGCCAAGGAACAUCAGAAAAGUCCACCUCCUCCCGCGGAGAUUUCUCGAGACCAAUGGGCUCCGACAAAUAUGCAGACAGGGCAUCAGCUUCCAUUGGGGAAUCUUACUCCUAGCAGCAUACAUAAACGUACCUGGAAGCCUCAGCAAAGUUCUCCGCAAUCGCAUCGAAGCCCAACAACUACACUAACGCCAUCUUCGUGCCACCAAAUUGCGAAACGAUGGACAAUCCAAAGCAGGAGUACGUCUCCGAGGUCAACUCCAUCCGUCGGCACGAACAAAACACUUUCGCCGCAAACACGGCCUCAUCAGUCCCCCAAUUUGUCUGAAUCUUGUCGUGCCCCGGUGCUACCUGCCAAAACCGCGCAUGACGACCAUAAUUGCGGCGCCAGUUCUUUUCGUCCAUCACCCACGAAAACUAGACCAGACAACAGGUAUGAAGUGGUAUCACCAAUCCUCGAGACGGCUGAUACAUGUCAGAUUUUCUCACGACCUAUAGUGCCUCAAGACGAGCAUAAGCGAUUUGCCUCCAUAUCGGAUACAGUGGAACGUGUCGUGUCAACGGUUCCCUUGAAGCGCUGGGCACCGACACCCAAAAUUGACAGUAGAAAUCUCUACUUCAUGUCGUCUUCAUCGUCGCCCGCUACGUCGUCACAGCAAUGGAUGAAACUAAAGGAGAAAAAUACAGAUGGUCUGAUGGCUUCAUCGGAAGUUAGUUCCGCAACCAGCAAGCCAGACAGGACCUCGUCGCCAAAGACAUCGAAAGCUGCUUCCACAGAGGGUUCGAACGAAGCAUCUCACGAACCGGACAUAUCGCCUUUUCAUCACGAUCAAAAGACAUUUUAUAGUCCGCCAAUGCCAAUUCGAACAUCAGAUAGGUAUCUUGCAGAAUCCUCAAAGGUAAAGAGGUCGUACAUCAACAACACUACAGGCGAACCGGCUCGCGCCAAAGCACAAUUUUUUCGCCGAGAUGAAAUAAAAGACAUGCUCAGUCCUCCGGCACAUUCCACAUGCUUGACUCGCAAACCCUCAAGUCAAGCCGAAUUGACUGGAAAGCACGACAGUAGAUCGGACUCCAUUGAUCAAAGCAUAACGGACACAACGCAAACUCCAAUUUCUGGCCUAAACAUUGAAAGACCUGACAAAGUUUCAGUGUCGAGUAUGAAAGCUCGAUUCAGCUCUACACACAGCAGUCACAAAACAAAAUCCGGCAAAGUAUGUAAGACAAAAAUGGAAGAUGAAGUCAAAGUUUUUGAAAAAUCACCUACUUCGCCGUCGAUCAAGCCAGUUCAAGUGCGACGUGUCCGUGAAACGUCUGUAAAGGUCAAUGUCGCGAGUAUGGCGGAACGAUUUGCCAUUGCUAGCAUUACAAGACAAAGCCAAAGCCCUACACCAAAUUCUAAGGCACGAAUAGGUUUAAAGGCAGAGAGUUUCGUCUCCGUGAAAGCACGUUUACCGGAGUCCAAACCUCGUGCUCCUGCGAGUCCGAAGCCUGCUCCCUCUCCUUUAACAAUUGUUUCAAAUACCAGUCUGUGUUUGACUGGUCCUUCAAAUGGCCGUGACAGUACAUCGCCAAUCGAAAAAAGCAAAGAGCGGGAGAAACGUCCAGAAAAGGCGUCGUCUGAAGGGGAGACCGGUUUCCGGCAGUACUUACAACGGUUGGCUUCAAAGAAAUCUCCCAGCUUCUCGCAAAUGGCGAGCCCGGCGCCCAACGCCCCUAGAUCUCCGUCCCAAAUCGAACGCUUCAGACAGAAGGGAUUUUUUGGCUCUCCUUGUGUUCGGCAUUCCACAGCCUGUGAAGUGACGGGAGGAGGAGAAGGGAAAGCUUUCGAGUCCGCUAAAACCACAUGCUGAGAGUGGUCUCCUCUUCACCACGGUCACAAUGCAAGAAAAGAUC